AGCGCAAAUAGGGAUUUACAGCAUGUUUAUCCACAACCAGCUUACAGCUGUUCCUUCCUUCAGAGCUGAGAUUCCAGGUUUGUGGGGUCUGUCCAUAUUACUUAGUCGCCUCUGUCUCGGUGUGUAUGAAACGCCCACAACCGCAGUGCUGUAUCCCCGCAGCAGGUGCGAGUGGGACUCAGGCCUUUUGGUUUAGUCGUUUUUACUUUUAAGAAAAGCUGGAAGCCGGGGUUUUUACAUCAGCCUAGAUUACCUUUACACUCCUGUACAGGACCUCAUAUAUGCCUUUUUUUAUGCCUAUACCUGUACAGAGCCAGAGACAGUAGUCACUUUCACAGAUCCCCUGCCUGCAUGUGUCCAGUGGACACACAGAGCCACAUAGACAGUCUCGUCCAAUCCUGAAUCUCUCCGGUUACGGUUCAGGAGGAUUCGACGGGAGAAAUGACACGGGGUGUCUCUGCUGGGGUGUUCCCCUGGCUCUGUCACCCUCCCUCCGUCUCAAAGUAACCUUCAGGUGCAGGGGGGCUUCGCUGGAGCUGCUAUACCAGUUUGCCUGAACUCUCCAUGCAAUGCGCAAUGAUCAUACAGUACAGAGAGUAAAGGAAUACGUACAGGGUAGCUCCAUGCUGAAAAGUAGAGGGAAGAAAUGCAACACUUGCUGAGCGUGCUCCAAGAGUGGGAAGAGUCUGUCAGUGGAGAGCCAUGCUCUACACAGAGCUGAUCCGCCUGUGGAAUGAGGCUGCUCAGGCGGUGGACCGCCGGGACUGGACAGCAGCGCUGUGCAGCCUGGACAAGAUCAGCGAGCCCACCGCCCGGACGCUCUUCACCGCUGCCUCCGUGCACCUCACCCUGGGACACCUGGAGCAGGCCCUGCAGGCUCUGGACCAAACCAUCGCCAGGGAUGAACGACUGGCUGUGGCCUUUUUCCAGAGGGCAGCGGUGAACGUGCUUACAAGCAGGCUGGAGGAAGCGCUCUCAGACUGCGCCCUGGCCCACAGGAACAUGCGAGGGAACCCUGUGAUCGAAUACAGACAGCUGGGCCUGCGCUACAAACUGUACAGCUGGCAGGUGCUGUAUAACAAGGCUGUGGUGCACUCGCGUCUGGGCCAGUGGGACGAGGCUGGGGACCUGCUGCUCACACUGACCCGGGAAAGAGGUGGAGGGCGGGGGGCCAACCUGGAUGUUGCCUUGGACCGGCUCUCUAAGCAGAUGGUCCUGGAUCCUCUCUUGGUGCCGGAGGGAGAAGUGUUCCGUCCGCGAAGGCAGGAUGUGGAACAGCUGGAGCAGAGGGACUUCCUGGGAAAACCCAAGGUGAUCUCUUCAGUGAUCCCCAAUGAUGAUUUUGCUGGCUUUGAGCCCCUGCGACUGCAGAAGCCGGGAUACUACGAGCCCAAGGCGGACAGAGCACAAGAGUCACGGUACAUGUGCGUGCACUCGACCCACGCGCCCCAGGGCCCAGGGGAGCUGCAUGUGCCGCAGGGGGAGAAGGUCUUCGUCCUGGGUGAUGGCGGAGUCAACGGCCUUGUGACCGUCAUCUACGACGGACAGAAAGGCCUGCUGCCCCUCUCACUCCUGGAGCCCACAAGCAACAGAAAGGCAGACAAAAACAAGAUUGUGCCAACGGGGAUACCCCUGCCGCCAGGCCUGCCGCCCCCAACGUGCCCCCAGUCCCGAGGCAGCCUCGCUGCGCCCCAGCCAGAAAGUCCAGGCAGGACGAACCCCCCCGCUGUGGCUCCUGCCCCCCCGUCCUCCCGCCUCACUCCUCCUCCGCACCCGGGGCUCACCGACGCAGAUCCUCGCCCGGAGGGGUCCCGGGACAAGAAGGGCCUGCCUGCAGGGGGCAGCGCGGAUGAGCCCGAGCCGGGCAGCUCGGUUCUGGUGAAGGUCCACUACGGGUACACCGUGGCCCUGAGGGUGCCCGUGCAGACACCGUACAGAGAGCUGCAGGAGAGAAUCGCUCGCAAGCUGGGCCAGCCCCCCGCACAGCUCCGCCUCAGGCACAGGGAGCUGGGCUCCCGCGUCUUGACCCCCCUCAGUGGGGACGCAGAGCUGCAGGAGCUGCUGGAGGCAACCGAGACAGGGAGGACAACCCUCUGGUGUCAGCUCGAGGACCCUCUGCUCGGCAGACCCAUCCUGUACCAGGUGUUUGCGCUGUAUGACUACACUGCCCAGGGGCCCGAGGACCUGGAGUUCAGCGAAGGGGACACCAUAGACAUCCUGUCAGAGGUCAACGAGGGGUGGCUGGAAGGACACACUGCUGGGAAGAUCGGGAUCUUCCCCAGGUGUUUUGUAUACCGUGACACAGAUGUGGCCAGUUGCAGCAAGGAGAACCCAGCCAUGUGACGCGGCAGAGAUCUACUGGAGCCACUAAACCAGUUCACUCAGAGCUCUGGAAUCUGGCUCUCCUCUCUCUGUAGGUGCACCAUCACAGUCAGCUCAGACGAUUUCCACUGAGACUUUGAUGACUUCAGCUCAUUUCUUUUUUUUCGAAAUGCCCUUGCCUCACGUCAUGGCUGGGAAAAAGAUCUGUCUCUGCUCCGGGGAUUUUGAACGCGUGUGCGUUAGUCUGGUGAAAAGACAGAUAACACAGCAGUGCGCUAGUCUGCUCCGCAGAGUGAAUAUCAUUUGCCAGGCUGCAGCGGACAUUUUGUGUAGAUCUAUUUGAAGUUAAUUUAAUCUUUUAAAAAUCAACCUGUAUGUGUGUUUAUAGAAAUUAAAUAAAUCUUUUAAACCAGUC